UGGAUCUCUGGCUUUCGUUGUGCUUGACCUACUACUACUGCACACAUCGCACAUUCAAUUUACUUUCAUCCACGUGUUGCUCCUCGAAUAACAAUCGAUAGCUACAGAUCCAUACCUCUUCCCGCUCGAGAACACGCCUGCAGGAUGAAAUCUCCGCCAGUAGAGGACAUGUUCGCCGAAUUGAGUAGCGAGGAUGGAGAGGACUAUGUCGUUCCUAGACGGAACAGAUCCAAGAUAUAUUACAGCAGAGAUCAACUGCUAGCGUUGAAGAACUCGCCGUUGGUCAAAGAACCUCAGGGAAUGUCUCCUGCAUCGGAAUGGUUCACACCGUCCACUGUCGAGAGCCAUCCACCGGGCUAUAGAUCGAGACAGUCUCCUUUCUUCGGCGAAACAGGCAGGGAUGCCAUAUUGACGCCGGGCAAGAAUACGAAACGAGGGAACGGCCGUUUGCCCGGCGAGAAUUAUGACGGAGAAGAAAGGCUGUCAUUCGGGCGGGGAUUGGCGAGCUCUGGCCGCCCGAGAAAUUUAACACGUAGGACAGACAGUGGGAUCCUGGGACGCAGUCAGACGGCACAGGACGAACACCCAGACCCGAUUACGCCAGAACGUAGAACUUUCGAUAGGACCGAAAGGAAAGAUCGACUAUGGGCUAAAACGGAUCUCAAGGAUGCGGCCGAAGGAGAUGCCACGAUAAUGGGCAGGUUUGCGAUGAAGGGGGCUUUGAAAUUACAGACUGGAGAUGAAAUCGAUAGGAGGACCCCGAAACAGGUCGACGGUCGGGAACAACGAGAAUUCAGGUCGGCCGAUCACAGCUCCAAAAGGACCGCUGACAGUACGUGGAGACGUACUACUAGUGGACAGGUGGAUAGAGUAGCUGCAGCCACCCCGCGACGCUAUGGACACAACGAGGAUGAACACGUUCCGGAAUGGAUGAUGGAUCCGGCCCCCACUGCGAUCGAUGCAACUCCUUCGAAACAGUCACAGGCGGGAUCCACGCAGAGCGGUCUUGACGAGAUCGCUGCGUACAGGCAGGCCAUGAAGGAGCGGGAAGAGCGACUUGCGGCCAGUAUCGCACAACCCGGACGGUUACAAGAUGACAUCGCAGAUCGUGCCGAACACCAGCCGCCUGGGUUAUUUUCCGACUUGUCCUCGUCCCACAGUGCCGGAUCUGGCUCGCAUCCGGAGCAACGAACAACCCCGGCGUCAUUUCUCCUCCCUCAAGCCAAAGCUAAAGUUCGCAAUGAUAACUUGGCUGCGAGCGUGUCAGACCCAGCCACUCCUUCCGGCAAAGGCAGCCGUUUCGCUCGGUUCUUCGACCCUUCCGCCUCUCCGGCUACCGCACACACAGCUCCGAUACCCCAACAAACCAUUCCUCCCGCUCAUACGACGAGACAAGAGCCAGUCGAGACACUGGUCGAUAAGGCACAAGGUCUUGCAGCCUUACUAGGCAUCAAACCUGCUUCAUUGGUCAAAGCGAAAGACGCCGUUCCUCAGUCGCCGGUCAUAAGUACCAAUAGUCAGGCUACACCGCCUAUUCCGCCAACUCUAGGUAUGCCACCAAUUCGUGAGGCGAACAUAGACCCGGCGACGCAAUCGGUGGAUCACAUGGCCCGAUUACUGGGAAUGCUCAAGACUGCCCAAACGGCUCAACCGCCUUCGCUUCCUGCCACGCCGUCCGCUACAGCUCGAUCUGCCCCAACGGCUCCGAUCUCCCCAAACUCUGGAUCGCGCUUCCUGGCCGCGAUGUUGAACGGUGAAAAGCUGAAACAUAGCUCUUCUCCGAUACCGCCAUCGACAUCUUUGAGCCAUCACGACGGAAGGACUGCUCAACGCCAGCUCGGCACAGAAAUGAUUCCCGAACCCUCAAACCAAGCGACGGGUACCCAGGUCAAGCUCCACGGCGCGCGCCUAACCCAACAGCCAUCCGAGCAUCAUAUGGCCGAAGCAACCCCUACGUUACCCCAUGAGCGCCGGAUGCCGGCCGCAACUAUCCCACGGGACCUGGAAUCACCCUCUAUGCAUUUCGCUGCGACCCAUAUCAGACCGCCGGGAAUGGAUAUGAUGCCCAAUGCCCCUACAUCUCUGAUGUACCCGCCACAGCAAAUUAGACCGAAUAUACCCGAGAUGACUCCGGCUAUUCAACAACAGGCUCAAUUCUGGCAACUUGCAGGAGAGCUCCCACGAGGGCCACACCCUCCUCGAGGCAUGCCUAUGCCAGGACCUCCGUUUCCACCCAUGAACAUGCCGCCGCCUCCGGUUUACGGACCUUAUCCGAUCCAGAAUCUCCCUCCAGGACCCGGCAUGCCUCACAUGCAUCCUCACCCGAUGGGCUUUGGUGGUCACAUGCCUCCAGGUCCUCCGCCUCACACAAUGACGCCCGAUGCGAUGUCUAGCAACCUCAUGGCGAUGUUGCAGAACCGGCCCCAGGCUUAAAGAUUGUUGCUUCUCCCUACGAUCCCAGUUGUACCAGACUGCAUUCAUAGCUAUCUUCAAAGAAGCUCGACCGACAAGGCUUAGAUAGUUUGCCUCGUGUAGUGAUUGCGCAAACAUCUCAGACGUUAUAGCGAUAUCAAUGCUACCUUGCAAGAUUC